UGGAAUUUCCGAAGAAAAACCCACUAAGCAAAGUGUUCUCCCAAAGUUUCCUUUCAUAACUGUAACAUAUAGAGACAUAAAUCUCAAAAUCUUGACACCCAAAAAAAAAACAAAAAGAAAAAAAAAAAAAAUCCCAUAAAAUUCUCUGUUUCUGUCUCUCUUGAAUCAGCCUUGAGUUCGCCACACCUCCUUUUGUCUCUCUGUAUUUCUCUGUAAAUGCCAGGGGACGAUUACAAUGUUGACUCAUUCACAGCAUUUUUUGAAGGCUGGCUUCUCCGCCAACAACAAUAUCUCGACGAGCUUCUGACAGCCACGCGCCGCCAUCCCGACGACGCUGCGGACAACGGCGAUCUCGAUGAUUUAAUUUCUCGAACCCUCAGCCACUACGAGGAAUAUUACGAGAAAAAAUCUAGAAUUGCCCAAAGGGAUAUUUUUCUCGUUUUUUCCCCCACUUGGUUCACCACCUACGAGCAGAGUCUGUUGUGGAUCGGCGGAUUCCGGCCGGGCCUGAUUUUCCGGCUCGUCAACGAGUCCAUAAACGACUUGUGGGACGAUCAAGUGUUGAGAAUUGGGCGGCUGAGGGAAGACGUGAAGGUCGAAGAGCGGAUGCUAAACAAUGACUUAGCGAAGAUUCAAGAAAAAGUGGCGGCGCCGCCGUUGCUGGAGUUUUUCCGGAGGCAGGGCCACGACGGCGUUACUGGUGGGACCGAAAUGGAGGCGUUGAAAGCGGCGUUUCAGUCGGUGCUGGCGAGUGCUGAUUUUUUUAGAAGAGAAACGGCGUUGAAAGUGGCGGAGAUUCUUACGCCAGCGCAAACCGUAAGAUUUUUGGCCGCCGUGGCUCAGCUUCAUCUUAGAAUCAGAGCUUACGGGUUGCAGAAGGAUGCUGAGAGACGAGACCCCGGGUGUGGGGGUGUGCAAUAA